GGAAGCGUAUACUCAGCGCGCCGUCGGCAUGGAGCAGCCCGGCGAUCGGAGCUGCUCGGGCCAGGGCCGCGCGCCCGCGGAGGCAGCCCCCGCCUCGGUGAGCCUGGCGCAGCUCCAGCAGCUGGUUCUGCAGGGCCGGGAGCUCCCGGGAGUGGAGAGGCGCGACAUCGCGGCGACCCACGGCGAACCCACGGCGUCCCGGCUCCCGCGGAGGCCCAAGCCCUGGGAGGCCAGGGGAUCGGCCGAGGCCCGGGCGCCGCCGCCCUAGACCCGGGGCCCCAGAUGCCGCCGACCCUCGGUCCCGGUGGAAGAACAUCGUGGAGGGACCCUGCUCGGCGGAGGCAGGAACUGCGCCUUCCUGAUGGCAUGGAGUGGGCUCCCGAAGCUCGAGGUCCUUUGCCUGUUAGACCUGGAAGGAGUGACUCUGUCCUGCAUCAACUCGGACCCCGGAUCCAGGCCACCGUUAUUCAUCUUUUGCGCAUUUGCCCCAACCGGUCUCAGCUGGACUUAAGCCUCCUGCGAGCGCCGUCAGGGUUGCCUUGUAUCCGUAUUUCUGUACCGUGGUCCUCAUUAAAAAGAAAUGUUUUUUAAAA